CUAGUAUAUAAAAGAAGAGCGUGCAUUAAGUGCUAAAAAUACAAAUUUCUAUUUUUAGCAAUUCAAUCAAAUUCACAUACUCAACCGCCCACAUUUGAAUUCUGCUAGCUACGUGUUGAGUUGCACAUUCCCUCUCUUCUAAGGCUUAAAAUUUGGCAGAUUUUGCAAAGAAAAAAGGUGAGCUAAAUCUAAGAAGCUUUUUGCGUACUACUAAACACGGCUAUUAUUCGAAACAUAAGCCUGAUUGUUUGUGGAAAAGGAUCGAUACAAUAGAAAGCUAGAAUUGUGUCUGGUUUGUCUCUGUUAGCUGACUCUGGGAUCCUACUCCAGGAGCCUCUCUGCAUGAGACUCCAGGCUAGUCCACAGUGCGCGUGCCUCCAGUCUGGUUUUAAAAUUAGCUCCUAAGUUGCUGUGCUAGACAGUUUAAUAAGUCAUACAUGAUAUUCAUCACUAUACAUGCACUGCAUUAUAUAACUCUUUUGGUUUCUUUAUAAUAAUGUCACGUCUCCAGACGAGGGUUUGCACUUUAGUUUGUUUAGUGAUAGUGGCUGAGUUGCUUAGUCGACCUUUUAGAGCUAGAUUCUCUUUUCUUUUAUGAAAGCACCGCAGGUGCUGCAUGAUGCCUCGGUAGAGAUGCCUAAGCUACAUAAUUAACAUAAAGCUACUAAUGCACAUGAUGAACAGUAUUUUUUUCAAUUUGCUGCAUGCAAACUAAAAGAGUGGGUAAUGAUUGGACCACGAUUGUUGUUAAAAACGAUCGAUGGCAAGAUUCAAGUCUAAAAUUAAUGGCUGCCAUCAGCAGAGCCUUGCAGCUCUCUUCUCACUCUUGCAGCUACGUGCAGAGCUAACUACUAAGUAGAGUCGGUAAACAAGUUUGGCUACGUGCUCUUCUGAAAAGGCAAGCAAAACUAGGCAUAACUUGAGAAUGAAGCAUUAUUUUGCAAAUCCACGAAUUAAAAUCCAUGACUAGAAGCCUAUAGAAACUCUUACUUGCACUUCAUUGAUCCUUGAGCAGCCUACAGACACACAGACACACAAACACACUACCGUAUACCUCGCUUGUGCAUGCGCACCGAAGCAUAAUAAUCAAUUCUAUGUACAGCACAUUGUAUGGCAGUCAAGAUGGGUAAUGAGCAUGCUCACUAUAAAUAUAAUCCUUUGUAGUUUUAGACAGCCUAUAACGCGGAGUGUUUCACGUAAACAUUUUUGUUUCUAAUCCCUCAUAUUGUUCUAUAUGUAUAGGAUAUACCACACCUAAGAGGAGGAUAUGCACCCAUAUAUCCUCCGCUACCGUGGUUACUCCGAGGCGGAGCCGAGGGGUAUGUAACCACGGUAGCGGAGGAUAUAUAGGGUGCAUAUCCUCCGAGUAGGUGUGGCAUAUCUGACUUAUACCACGUGACCGUAGCACUAUAAAAGGACCUCCCCCUAGCAACAAUUCAAUCGCGAUGCAGACUGCAAAAAAGAACAAGACUAUGCCGGAUUUUGCAGCCGUCAAAGAGCUAGUUGAGCAACAUGUUGACUCCUACAGAUGCUCAAGAGCUUCCUUGGUCCAAGCUUUGACCAUUCGACGUCCCCUACUGGAGUUGCAAGCUCUCCUUGGAUAAAAUGUAUCUAAACCGCGCCCAUGGACCCAUGGAAGCUUAGCCAUCUUGUUGGAGAGCACCUUCCUUGUUUCUGCCGUCGCUUUGAGUCUUAGUACUGUCAAGCAUGGCUCUUUUCUCUUUGCUUACUUUCUUGAACAAAUGAAAAAACUAAAAAACAACUUGAAAAACUGUGCAUGCCUGGGGCUGUAUGCUAAUAUUCUAUAUAUCCUACAGCUGUUGACCAAUGAGAUCAAUUAGUGGUGACUUGGGUCAGUUCCCUCUCUGGUCAGCCAGUUUCGAUGGUCACCUGAAGUGUGUGGAACUUCUAAUCGAUGCUGGAGCCAAUGUUGAUAUGCAAGCAGAGCAUGGAGCUACUGCGCUGCAUGUUGCUGCUCAGAAUGGUCACUUGAGGGUAGUUGAAGUGUUAAUUGCAGCUAUGGCUCGAGUUGAUAUCCAAGAGGAGGGCAACCGGACUGCUCUCCACGUAGCCAGUAGCAAUGGACAUGAUGAGGUGGUGAGGGUCCUCUUAGCAGCCAAGGCUACAGUCAACACUCAGAACAAGUUGGGUGAGUCCCCUCUCAGGGUAGCCAGUUACUAUGGUCACCUGAAGUGUGUGGAACUUCUAAUCAAUGCUGGAGCCAAUGUUGAUAUGCAAAAAGAGGACAACUUGACUGCUCUCCACGUAGCCUGUCAGAAUGGACAUGAUGAGGUGGUGAGAGUCCUCUUAGCAGCCAAGGCUACAGUCAACACUCAAAACAAGUCGGGUCAGUCCCCUCUCUGGGUAGCCAGUUUCAAUGGUCACCUGAAGUGUGUGGAACUUCUAAUCAAUGCUGGAGCCAAUGUUGAUAUGCAAAAAGAGGACACCCGGACUGCUCUCUACGUAGCCAGUAACAAUGGACAUGAUGAGGUGGUGAGGGUCCUCUUAGCAGCCAAGGCUACAGUCAACACUCAACACAAGUCGGGCCAGUCCCCUCUCUGGGUAGCCAGUUUCAAUGGUCACCUGAAGUGUGUGGAACUUCUAAUCAAUGCUGGAGCCAAUGUUGAUAUGCAAAAAGAGGACAACGUGACAGCUCUCCAUGCAGCCAGUUACAAUGGACAUGAUGAGGUGGUGAGGGUCCUCUUAGCAGGCAAGGCUACUGUCAACACUCAAAACAAGUUGGGACAGUCCCCUCUCUGGUCAGCCAGUUACAAAGGUCACCUGAAGUGUGUGGAACUUCUAAUCGAUGCUGGAGCCAAUGUUGAUAUGCAAGAAAAGGACAACUGGUCUGCUCUCCACAUAGCCUGUCAGAAUGGACAUGAUGAGGUGGUGAGGGUCCUCUUAGCAGGCAAGGCUACUGUCAACACUCAAAACAAGUUGGGUGAAUCUCCUCUCUGGGAAGCCAGUCGCAAUGGUCACCUGAAGUGUGUGGAGCUUCUAAUCAAUGCUGGAGCCAAUAUUGAUAUUCAAGAUAAGGACAACAUGACAGCUCUCCAUGCAGCCAGUUACAAUGGACAUGAUGAGGUGGUGAGGGUCCUCUUAGCAGGCAAGGCUACUGUCAACACUCAAAACAAGUUGGGUGAGUCCCCUCUCUGGGAAGCCAGUCGCAAUGGUCACCUGAAGUGUGUGGAACUUCUAAUCAAUGCUGGAGCCAAUGUUGAUAUACAAGAUGAGGACAACUUUACUGCUCUCCACGCAGCCAGUAGCAAUGGACAUGAUGAGGUGGUGAGGGUCCUCUUAGCAGCCAAGGCUACAGUCAACACUCAGAGCAAGUCGGGUGAGUCCCCUCUCUGGAAAGCCAGUUACCAUGGUCACCUGAAGUGUGUGGAACUUCUAAUCAAUGCUGGAGCCAAUAUUGAUAUUCAAGAUAAGGAUGGAUGGACAAUGCUGCAUAUAGCCAGUCAGAAUGGUCACUCUGAAGUGGUAGAGUGCUUAGUGGAGAGAGCCCACUGUGACACCAAUGCAAGGAACAAGACUGGCCUGACUCCCCUUCACACUGCAUGCUAUAAUGGACACAAAGAAGUGGUGGAGUACUUGGUAGAGAGAGCCCACUAUGACACCAGUGUAACUGAUGCUGGAGGCAGGACUCCACUUGACUGCGCAAUACAACAGGGUCACACUGAAACCAUCGAAUAUCUUCUGAAUCAGUCUCUUAGGGCACCAUCUGCUACUCCAAGUCAGAGCACUGACUACCAGUACCCUCUAGUCGACCAGCAGCCUCAGGAGUUGUUGGACAAGCUACAAACACCCGCUAUUAUUCAAAUGUCAGAUUGCACAUCUCUAACACAAGAUCAGAUUGAUGCACUACAGAAGCUUAUCGAGGGAACAGAAGUGAACAUUGAUGACAUCAUUGCUACUGGUCAAGGCAUUACUCUGCAAGACGCUCAACAAUUACUUGCUCAGAAAGGAUACAUUGAGGACGCAAGGACUCUCAAGACAAGGCUCAAAGAAAUUGCCGAAGAACAGCAGCGAUAUCUCAAGAUACUCAAGGGUCUAAUGACAGCUGCAGACACCAUCGACCUUCGCUACUUGAAACUUUUUCUUGUUGGCCCACCAUUUGUGGGAAAGACAACUACUUUAAACCGUCUGCUAAAAAUAUUUGAGAAUAUUCAUUCAGCAGGAGACAAAUCGAACAUUCAAAGUACAUUACUCGCUAACUGUAUUCAAGCAUUUGCUUUUGUUGGUGACGACACAGCAGAAUGGCUAUCUUCCGAUACCAUUGACGGUGAAGCAAAAAUAUUGUUCAACUAUUUUUGUGGAAACAAACUCGCAUCUGAGGAACCGCUGGACACACCCCUCAGUGAGCAACUAAGUGAAGAAAAACCCAAACCUGCCAAAACAAUUCAACCUCAUGAUCACACGCAAAUAUCCGUAGAGAACAAUAUUUCACAAGUUGAUGAAGUUGAGACUUUGGAUGACGAAACAAAGGCUUGCAGAAUUAUUGAUGUUGUCAGCCGAUUCCAAAAUUUGAUCAAAAGUGGAGAAUAUUCUAACCUUUUCAAUGCUUUGGGGACAUUUUUGAACAUUAAUGAUAUUGGUGGUCAGCCAGGCUUUUUAGAAAUGCUCCCAGCCCUGAGCACUGGUCCGGCCAUGUAUCUCGUCUUCUUAGACUUGAGCAAAGAGCUAAAUAAGCCGUACAAAAUCCCUUUCAGUCGCGAUGACACAAUCAUCACUCCCUAUGACGCUAUACACACAGUCAAAGACACAGUGUCUCAAAUCCUUUCUUCCAUCAGUAGCAUACAUAGUAACCCUCAAGUGACCUCGUCAUUCAAGACCGAUAAAGUUGAUGGAUUUAAUGAGAAGCUUGAAUCAUUCCUACAAGUAAGUCCGUUAGUUGCGUUGAUAGGCACUCACAAAGAUAAGCUGAGUGAUCCAGAGAAGGAAAUCAAGAAAAAAAGUGACGAUUUAAAUGACAUUGUAAAAAAGUUUGAUAAAAUAAUGAUUUGUCCUGUAGCUACUAGUUCUGAAUCAACAGUUUCUUUGUUUACCGUAGACAACUACACUGGAACUGAGCCCUCGGAUAUAGCCCCUCUUCGUAAAAUUUUGAAUGAAAUCUUUAACACACGCUUCAAGGACGCUUCGUUACCGAUUAGACCAAAAUGGCUUUUAUUUGGACUCAUUCUCCGAAGGGAAUACAAGAUUGCCACUAUUAAAGAUUGUCUAGAGUUAGGGAAGAAGCUUGAAAUGGAUGAAACUGAAACGAAAUUUUGUCUACGGUAUCUUCACGACUGUGUUGGCACUGUCAUGCAUUACACAAGCGUUUCAAAUGAUAAGGAAAACUGGCUCAAGAAUCGUGUGAUCUGCUCCCCUCAAGUAAUCUUUGAUAGCAUCAGUCAGCUGAUUGUUCCUUCUUUGCGUGUACUUCAUUCUGGAGGUAAUGUCACUGAGUAUGAGCGAAAAGAGUUGAUCAGAAUGGGGCAAUAUUCAGCUGAAGCCAUCGAAAUGUAUUGCAAAACUGCACAAGUUAGCAAAAAGUUGAAAAACGACCAACUUAUCCCAGCCAAAAUUCUUAUUACACUUCUUCAACAUCUAAACCUUCUCUCUGAAAUCGCUCACCAAGAUGUUAAUGACCCAAGCAAAUGUCGAAUCACUUAUUUAAUGCCAGCUAUCUUGGAGUGUGCUUCUCAAGACGAGCUGACCAACCCACCUCCACCAGAUGCCAACAACCCAGAGCCACUGCUCAUCACAUUCAGCUGUGGUUACGUUCCAACAGGAACUUUUUGUGGUUUGAUGACUCGACUUGUUUCCCAAGGCCCUCAUAAAAUCCUCGGGUUGACGUGGAAAUUAGAAUUAGUGGAAAAUGUUGUUAAGCGAAAUAUCGUAAGUUUUCUCGUCGCCAAAUCAAACAAGGUGACCAUACUAGCCCACAAUCGAUGCUACGAAAUUCGAGUUGUUCGCCAUCCUGAUGGUCGCAUAUCUCUCCAUGACCUUUGCACUUAUGUUUUCUUAGUGAUGCUCUACACACUCAAAAGCCUUUACCCACAGUUGAUUCCUCAAAUUGCAUUUCAAUGUCCUUGCCCCGGUCACAAGUCAAGCCGAGAUAAUUUAUGUGUUCUGACUGAAGAUUUUUGGGUACAAUUUCUUUGUGGAAGUAAGCCGGUGACUCCAACGAAAGACCAUCAAGUGUGGUUGGGAAAGACUGCUUCUAUUGGUCAGAGUGCUAGCUUGGGAGUUCUCCAGUUCAUGAAGGGACAGUCUCUGGAGAGAUUCUCCUUCAAUUGGAGCAAAGUGGGAGAUGACAACACACAACCUCCAGCUCAUUCCUGUAAACCCAACAUUUUGACCUUCCAGAGUGUGAGAGAGGAGGACCUGGACUACUACCAGUGUGAGGUGAAGGAGGCUGGGAAAGUGGUCCUCACUGUCUAUAGAGCUCUCUACAAAGAUGCGCUCAGAGAAUGCUCAGGAGCAGCUGGUCAGAAGAGACAACUAUCGGCUGCGGAAUCGUCGAGUCCAAAACGCACACAGUUAUCAUUAUCUCCACAAGAUUCUGGAGAAUGCUCAGGAGAAGCUGCUCAGAAGAGAUCUCUAUCAGCUGGGGAGACAUCCAUACAUUUAGCAUCUCCGCAAGGAUCACCUGCCCAACCAGUGAGUACAGUUCUUCAACAGCUGCUGGGCAAAUGUCCGCUCACUACUUCCCAAAUAAACCGUGAAAUUCAGCAAAAAGACAUACCAUAUUUGGCUGCAUAUUUCGAUAUUGUCGAACUCUAUGUCGAUGCGAUGGAAUUAAAUCCUGGCGAGCAAAAUGAUGUCAGCAAAAAGGCAAAUACUCACGCAUCCAUGAUCGAGUGCUUGAAAAUCUGGAAAAAACGGAAGCUCUCACAAGCGACAUUCAGGGUCCUUCUGGAGAUGUUAGUAAAGCUGAAGAAAGAGGCGAUUGCUGACCAAGUCUGUCAGUAUUUGAAGGAGCUGUGAGGAGGUGCACAUAAUACAGCACUCCAUGGACUGUAGAGAUGUCAAAACAGAACAUCAGAUUAGCUUAUCACUAUAGUGUGUAUACAUUGUGUUUUGCACAUAAAGUGUUUUAAACAAUUAAGUAGUUAUCUGUAUCA